UUAUUUACAAGGAGAAUGUAUCGUAUUAUUACUUUUUAUUUAACAUUGUAUAAUAUUAUAAUAACACACGUAUAAUGUCUCUAUCUAGUCUGUGAUUGAGUAGUCUGUGCUGUCAUUAAUUUAACCAUUGUCCGUAGAUUUCAUUUGUCAAUUCUGUAUCUGCCUCUGUCAGUAAAUUCUUAAUUUUAUCAACAUUCAACAUGAUAAAAAAAACUUAUUUUCAUAAAAUUAAUAGUUAAUAAAAUUUGUGACCAAAAAGGGAUCGAAAGUUAAUUAGCUGCUUUUACUUGUUUAAAAGCUUUUAACGUUUACCGUAUCUUGUCGUGUUUCACAAUAUAGUAAUUACUGUCUCUAAGCAUGACUUUACCAUUACCUUUGCCUCCGUGUUCAAAUAGAGAUGGUGUAAAUAGUUGUGACCAUUUCGAUUACGCUAGUACAAUGGCGUCCACAUUGCUAGCUCCGGUUAAAACUGAAAGAGAUAUCCUUGAGCAUUCAAUGUACGAAGACGACCCAAACGCGAAUACUCAAUUACCGAAUGAAGUGGGAUCUGAGCCUCGAUGGGGACCAAGACAUCGAGGGGCACAAGAACUCGCUGAACUGUACAGUCCAGGAAAGAGAUUACAAGAAUUGGUAUGUGUGGUACUGUGUUGCACAUUAUGUGUGACAGCAGGGCUCUUAAUGGCUAAAUAUAUUCGUCCUGAUGUGUUUUUAUUGCUUGCGGCAAUUGCUGGUGUUCUAACAGCAGAUUUUCUAUCAGGAUUUGUACAUUGGGCUGCUGAUACAUGGGGUGCGGUAGACCUACCUUUAAUAGGCAAGAAUUUUUUACGCCCUUUUCGUGAACACCACAUUGAUCCAACUUCAAUAACAAGACAUGAUUUUAUUGAAACAAAUGGUGACAAUUUUGCAAUUACAAUACCAGUUUUAGCCAGAAUAGUAUGGCAGCUAGCGACAUAUGAUGUUAAUGAAAUUAACGAGAAAUUCCAUUGGAUAUCAUACUGGUAUUUGUGCUGUAUAUUUGUGGCAAUGACAAAUCAGAUCCACAAAUGGUCACACACUUAUUUUGGAUUACCAGCGUGGGUGGUGUGUUUGCAAGAGUGGCAUAUAGUGUUGCCACGUCGCCAUCACAGAAUCCACCACGUCGCGCCGCACGAGACUUACUUUUGCAUUACAACCGGUUGGUUGAAUUGGCCUCUUGAGAAAUUACACUUCUGGUACAUUCUAGAAAAUAUUAUCGAAGCUUUAACAGGCUGUAAGCCCAGAGCUGAUGAUCUGAAGUGGGCCCAAAAACGUUCCUAAAAAUAGUCUGUCAGUCUUUAGCUAGGCUAAAAUGAUUUUCUAACAAUUUUAUAAUGUAAGUUUAAUAACACGUUAUUUACAGCAGCAAUACUAAAAUUAACGCCUAAUUUUACACGCAAAAUUGUAUUUUUUCUUAAAUCUAUUAAACUAUUAAAGGGUUUUGUAAGAGAAAAAAGACUUGCCCGGUUAGACUAUCUGGAAUUAAGUUCCCAGUAUGUGUAUUAAAAUUUUCUUGAUUAUAAAUUUAGAAAACUCUAAGUCAAAUAUCUCACAUUUUCGAUGAAUUAAUUUUUUUGAUGUUUGUUUUAUAAGACAAUUUUCAAAAUUCAAUCGAAAUUUUGAUUAUAUUACGACGCUGUUUGCCAAUUCGUUUUGGAAACCCGGUAAAGGUGGACAAACGGUCGAUGCCUAAUGCUUCAAUAGGUGUUGUAAAUACUGUUGGACAAUAUUUGGUGAUAUUUUACCUAGAGGAUACUUUAUCUUAACUACACUACUCCCAGAACCAAAGAAAACUUUUUAAGGCAUUAAUUUUAAGUGUCAGUUUAUUAUAGAAUUCAUAAGUAAAAAUUAUUUUUAUUAUCAAGUUCAACAUUAAUAACUAUAAUUCUAAAAAUCUAUUUAUUGGCUUAUUAUAGUUAUACUUUCACAAAUGUUUCAAAACAAUUGUAAAAAUAACUGCUCUAAGUUAAAACUACAAAAAAGUAACACAAGCCUGAAACAUUUAGUCAACAACAUUUACUCUGCAUCUGACAACUCAACUAAACUCAUUUUUUUUUUUUAAUUAUUAGAUGCCAAACAAAUUCAUUCAACCAAAUAUUAAUGUUUUUUGGACAUCCAACCGAGAUUUUGUUUUAUUGGACAGUGUUGUUUAUCAAUUAGUUUCGGAAUUUGUAUUAAGUUAAUUUCCCUUAUUUAUUAAUUGGACAUAUGUAAGAAUAAAUAUUUAUUAAAUCACUCAUAAUAUUAGGUCAUACACGUACACACAAGCGUUGAAACACUAUUUCUUUUAUAUUGUCUAAGUUUAUUAACAAAAGAUCAAUUAAUCUUCGGUAUAAUUAAAAAAAGGCUUUUUUAAGAUGCCAACUGCGACAAGGCAAUUUACGUUCUUGUCAAUUAUUAUUUUUAUCUAUGAAAUAAUCUAGUAACUACUACCCAGACUAUGUAUUUACGGGCGAUAUUUGUAAAAACCGUUACAUUUCUAUCCUGAACACUAAAAAUCCACUACCAAACAAAAACCAAACAUUGCCUUUUAAAAAUUUUACGAACCGACUUGUAGAUUUUUUAACUAAAGUUGAAAAUGUUUUCACGCUAUUAUAAAGAGUGAUGAGUAAUUUAGCUAAACCUGUGCAAUUAGACUUAUUUAUUGUUUAUAAAUUGAUUGGAUUUGAUUUGAAGGACUAUUAAAAUAUAAUGCAUUUCAUUGGAAAGGGUAUGUUAAUUAUUAAAUAUGUAUAUUAGGGCGCUUGCGAGAAAAAUAUCGAUAUGAUUUGCUCAUGUGGCAGACUUUUUUAAUAGCGAUAUUUAUACGAUAAGGAAUAUUAAGGACAUCGUCUGACGUAAUAUACUAAAUCAUUUGCUUGCGUCUGCUUUUAAGGCUGAUGUUUAGAAUCUUUGUCAAAAUGAAAAAAAGCAGACACCUAGGACUUUUCAAGUUAUGAUUUUUUUUAUAAUUUAAAGAAAUAUAUGAAAUGCACGCUUGGCAAUCCAGCAGAAUUCGUUUUAAACCCUGCGAACGACCGCAGAAAAAAGUCUGCCACCACCGUAGCGCUGCGUUUUCUAUUAAGAGCGCUUUAAUAGUGUCGACAAAAAAAGUGUGCUACAUAUAUAAUUUGCUCGUGUCAGCCUCUUUGACUGUUUUUUUAUAUUGUUUAUUAAAAAAACAUAAAUCACCACUGAUAUUCCGAAAGGAGACCACUUGAUUUUUUUUAAAUGUUAUUUAUUACUUUUUCAUGGUUUUUUUUUCGGUUCGAAAUUCAUAUUAUGUUCGCAGAUCAAUAAAAAUUUCAAAACAUCAAAAAAAUGGUCAUACUAUGUAUAAUCUCAUUAAUUAGCCAUAAUACUUUUCCUCAGAUUCGCGGACUUCAAUUAACUGUAAUAGUUAAAGUCAGUAAGUAAAAUGUCUGUCAAUUUUUGAUUUAGGGGGGGUUUCAUUAAAUCGAAUAGACCCAAUUACAGCUACGAGUAAAUGAUUUAGUAGUGCUUUUUUUGUUUACAUUUUUACAUGUACCUUCUAUAAUAAUACACCUGGAUGUCUAUAUAUAUAGAUUUUCUUCGUUAUCUAAAUGGUAUUGACCAUUAACCCCAGAGGCAGACACGAGCAAAUUAUUUAGUAUCUAUUUUUAUUACAGAUUUAAAUCACUGUAGCUUAAAAACGCGGCAACCUUAAUUCAUUAAAAAAAAUGUCGUAUUGGUCUGAACUUUAAUUCCUAUCAAUACGAAAUACGAGCAAAUCAUGUACUAAAUGCUCGCCAGCUCCCUAGUUAUCUGGUGUUACGCGUAGAUCAAAGAUUUUUCAUAAAAAUGUUUUAUUCAGGCAGUCGUUAAUGUUUCAUUCUUGUCGAACUCAUUGUAGGUAAUGCUACAGAUGUUACGGUGUUAACUACUUUAUACAUUAAUUAAAUUUGUGAGAUUGAAAAUAUAAUGCAUGUAUUUUUUAAAGGUUGUGCAAUAUUUUCUUGAAUCUGCUAAAUAUAUUAUGGUAACAUGGUUGUUAUGGCUUUAACACAUUUAGACUUGACUUUUUCUAUAUAAAUUCGUGUGUACUUUCGUAUGUAAUACGAAAUAUGUUUUUUUGGAAUAUUUAAAUAUUAAAAAAAAUACCUGUGAUAUUCCAAAGUAAGAAGACAUUUUGAGCUAAUAAUGUACAAAUAGUGGUUAUAAAAGUAAAUUUUUUAAACACUUAGAACGUAUAUUUCACAUAUUUUGCAACUUUAUUAUUAUUUAAGGAGCUUUACCCUAAAUUUAAGUACAAUUAAUUUGGCUGAAAAUUUCUAAACAUUUAUUGGGCAUUGGUGCUAUUUCUAAUACAACUCAAAAUCUUUAUGCUGAAUGCAUUAGGUAAUGUAGAUACAUUUUAAUUUGAUGUAGGUUAAAUGUGCUUUAUUUAUAACUUGGUGUUUUAAGAGUGUUUCAAAUAUUUUUUAGCUUAAUGCGGUUAACAGUAAAAUUAUAUAAAAUUGUCUACUUAUAUUUUAUGACAUUUCUUUAACUUACUACUAAUUUAAAUUUGGUUUAAAAUGUUUUUUUACGAACUAGCACCAAUAUCUAUUUGAAAUGUUACAGAAAUUUUUUUGUGCGUUAGGAAACCUUUUAAGUGCCUUACAUAAGGUCCCAUUAACAUAGCGUAUUAAAAUAUUUCACAGCAUUCAAAUUUAAAUAAUAAAAUUUCAUUUAAAACA